AUGCGCGCGACAACAAUCCUGUCGGCGCUCUUCGCAGCGACCCUGGCCGUCGCCGAAACCCGCCUCGCAAAGGUCUACAUCGAACCCGUCUCCCUCGCUACCAACCAGAAGCCGACCCUCCUCGCCGAGGUCGAGUACGACACGAAACGCCCAACCGAGGCGAGCGUGACCUCCUUUGAGGCCCCCGAGCUCGCCGGCUACCCGGCCGCGACGAAGCUCGUCCGCGUCGGCGUCUACGAUGCCGCCACGGCGCAGUGGACCUCGAGCGUGUCGGUCGCCUCGACGGAGAACUUUGCCAAGGGGUACCAGCCCAACAUUGUGCUGAGCGUCGACGGCGCCUCGGGCGAGGUCGUGGGUGCGGGUGUGAAGGGCGUGAGGGUCGACGCGGGCGCGACGAGGGAUUUUGGACCGCAGGCUGUUGUGAGGGUCGCGGGGCAGGGCAAGACGCCCGAGUUGAACAAGCCUGUUGUGCUGAGUCCCGAGGGACGCAAGGUCGUUCAGGAGGAGAAGCCGUUCUGGCAAAAGUACUGGUGGUUGAUUGCGAUUGUCGUCUUGAUGACUGUCACUGGUGGAGGAGAUGGAAAAUAG